AUGACUUUUCGUAAAAUGGUCCCAUGUUUCAUUCGUUCUUAUAAAGAUGCCAUACAUGAACUUAACAAGUCUAUUAGGCUGUCGAAUUACUUAACACCGUCAAAUCCAAGGCUUUUGAAAGAACAAAGGUAUGGGUUGUCCGCUGUUUAUUGCUCUGCUGUUGGAAUUGAAGAUCAGCAACUACGUGACUUACAUGUUAUACAUGUUACAGGGUCUAAAGGCAAAGGUUCAGUUUGUUCAAUGAUUGAAAACGUCUUACAGAAAUCAGGAUUUCGCACUGGGUUUUUAAGCUCUCCUCACCUCAUAAACGUUGAGGAAAGAAUACGGAUAAACGGACGGCCCAUAUCCCGUGAUCACUUUGCUAGUUUAUUUUGGGAUGUGCAUGGAACACUUCUUGAGUUUACAAAAACCUCAAUUAAUAUACCUAUGCCAUCAUUUCUUCAUUACAUUUUUGUGAUGGCUUGUAAAGCAUUUGUUGAUGAGAAAGUAGAUGUCGGGAUUUUCGAAGUUGGUAUUGGUGGACGUUAUGAUCAUACAAAUAUUUUCAAAGAUCCUUACGUAACUGUUGUCACAAGUUUGGCACUGGAGCAUACAAAUAUUUUAGGCAAUACCAUUGCUGAAAUAGCUUGGGCUAAAGCAGGGAUUUUUAAGACUGGUUCUAUAGCAUUAGUCAGUCAUGGGCAAUCAGAUGAAGCAAUGCAUAAAUUUGUUGAAGAAGCUGAACUUGUUAAAUGUCCAUUGUAUGUUGCACCUACGUUAGAUUCACUAUUGACUACAGAGAAUAUGACUGAGCCAUUUAAAGAUAUUUUUGACAAUAUGAAUACCAUACCUAACAGUCAAUUAUUAAAUCUUGCUUUAAGUUUAACUACAAUAAAUUAUUGGUUUGCUAAAUUACAUGGAACUACUAAUAAUGAUAACGUUACAAAUAUUGGUUUACAGCCGACAUGUGAAUGGAAACCGAGUUCAACUGUUUUAUUUAAUGCGUUAUCCGCCCGAUGGCCUGGUCGAUGGCAAAUUGUAAUUCGAAAAAAUAUAACUUAUUAUCUGGAUGGUGCACAUACUGUAGAAAGUUUACAAUCUGCAAUAAAAUGGUUUCAGAAUGAAAGCUUUGCUUCGAAUAAUAACAGACGUCCUAUACGAAUUAUUAUUUUCACUGUAAUUGGUCCACGAGAUCCUGAGCCAUUUUUAAAAUGUUUACAAUCUUCCUCAUUCGCAUUCGAUUUGGUUGUUUUUGCCAAUCCUCACGAUGGUCAAUUUGAAAUUCUUCCCAGUAAAGAGUCGCAUGAUGAAUUAUGCUUCAAUAUAUGGCGUCAACUCGAAUCGGAAUCGAACACCGGUAGUAAUUCUGCAUCACAUUCAAUUGCUUCAAAGCAUGUCAAAUCUUUAUCUGCUUUUAUAAAGUGGAUGCAAAACUUGCAGCGUUUUUCUCUUCAGGCUUUGAAAUAUUUUCCGUGUGAAUAUAGUAAUUAUGAUGAAGCCGAUAAUACAACUUGUUGUGAUGUUUUUGUCACUGGCAGUCUAUAUAUGGUUGGUCGGAUAUUAAAGGAAAUAGAUGAACCUGUAUAA